GUAGUAAAACAAAAGUGAUUAACCACAACAUAUUAUCUUAAGUAUAAGUACACUGUUUGCACGGUUUUCACAUACGCUGAUAAUGUCUCGACCCUUAAGUCGAUUUGUAAGCUGAACUUGGUCGUUAUCAUUUGAUGUAAUGUCGCGACGAUAAGGAUUCAUUUACUGUUCGAACAACGUGUUGUGUGAACAUAUGGAUUUCAUUUAACGUAUUUGGAGGUAAAAUUAUUCACCAACUGGCAAUUAUGUUAAGAUCAAAGCCAAACGUUGGUGUUGUACUGAUGCUGGUGUGUGCAGUGUGUGUGUUGUUUGUAGUAAUGGUUCGGCGGCCGGUGAUAGGGCCAACGUCCGAUUGCGUCCCGGAACCCGUGUACUCCAGGCCCGUUUUCCUGCGCAGUAUUGACUCCAGUGGGGACGCACACACGUUGACGUUACAGGAGACACUCAAGCAACAGCGGGAUAAACUGUCAAAGGAAAUUAACGCGUUGAAACAGAAAAUUGGGCGUCAAGACUGCGAGUCAGCGACCAAAAACACCAAUGAGGCGGGCGGCUGGUGUCGGAAGGCGAGCACGGAAGACGGCGGGGAGCACAUGACUGACCUCAAGCUCGUUAAAGCACUGUCUGCAUUCCUUAAAGAAAAGAGCGUGGGUAGUUUCGGUGACGGGCCUGGAGCUUACAUGCGGGAGAUGAACAAACUGGGCGAGGUCCGGGAAUACAUCGCCUACGACGGCGCCCCCUUUUGCGAGGAGACAAGCGAGGGCCGUGUUCGCUUUAUGGACCUGACCGUCCCGCAGUACGGCCUCCCUAUGUACGACUGGAUUAUUUCCCUCGAGGUGGCUGAGCACAUCCCUAAAAUACAUGAGCCUAUCUACAUUGACAACCUGGUGCGUCACAGUAACGAUGGACUCAUCCUCAGCUGGGCCAAGCCCGGACAGGGAGGCCUCGCUCACAUCAAUAAUCGUCCAUUUAACUACGUCAUUGACGUCAUGGCCAACCAUGGCUUCAGUCAUGACAAAAACUCUUCCCAUACAUUACAGAUGGCGUCAUCGUUCGGGUGGCUCAGAGACAAUGUCAAUGUUUUCCGUAGGACUAACACCACGAAUUUAAAAUUAGCUAAAAUUUGGUAUACUUAAGUAUUGCAAUUGUGUAGAUUAAUUUUGUAUACAUGUAUUUAUAACAGAAAUUAAAAAAUAUGAUUAAUCAUAAAGUGAUGGUACAGCCUUCACUGAAUAAGUAAACCCGUUUGAAAAUAUGCUUACACAUACUGACACUACAAAUAAAUAACCUUUAUCAAGAAGUUUAAUUUAAACCAUACUGUAUAUUAUGCCAUUGUUUUUAGCAUAUGAAAUAAGCUGAAUCUAUGUUUCAUACAUGAAACCAUCUCAAAACUAUGGCAACAUGUUACCGAGUUCCAACAGUAAAGUCGUUUUAAGACGAGUAUGUAUUAGAGUCAAAUUCUAUUUCAUAUUACGGUAUUUUGGGCAUUUAAGGUGUCUUUCGUGCAUGGGCGUACUGCAAAAUAUCGCACGUUCUAAAAUGUGAUUUGUUUUUUAAAGUGAUGUCACAUAUCAAAUUGAAAGAACAACUAGCCAUCUAAAAAAACUUUGUCUAAAAGUUGCCAGAGAAUGUGUAUAUUAUUAUCAUGAAUAAUAGAUUAGUACAUAAGAUCGUGUUAAAGCUUCGCUGAUAAGACCCCUUAGUUGUUUGAUAACAUCAUUAUUUUAAAGGCAUUAGUUUCCGUGACAGUUUUUUUAUAUGCCUGGUACCUUGAAAAUAAUAAAAAUAAUCCACAAAAAACUCUGCAAGAGAUUAUGUAUGCCCAAGCUCUGUUUACUUUUCCUCGAUUUCCUCCUUCUAUGCCAGCAUAUAGCAAAACAGAUGUCACCAUACUUGAUUACGUCGCCUGCGUAGCCAUGGCAGCAUGCCCUCUGGCAAAAUGCUAGACCAAUAUGAAUUAUGGCAUGCGUCGUCCUCCGCAGGGCCCAACUUUCAUGUCCCUUUUCUAACUCCCAUCAUUUCUCUACCAUUGCUCAUCGAAUAUUUAUUUAACUAGGUUACAGUGUUAGUGUGCAUAAAUAUAAACCGACAAACCUCGAUCGCAACAUUAUUUCUUAACUAAUAACUAAUGAUCUUUGAAUGCUCAAAUUUAACGAAAUUUACCAUUUCAGCUCGCAAAAUGUAACAGCCCGGCCGUUUUUUGUUCAGCAGCCAUAUAACGAUAUAUUUAUUUCAGAGUUACUACCCUUAAAUUGUCAAUAAUGUACAAAAUUGACAUUGAUCGUUCUGUCACAUAGGAAUUUCUAACCCUUUCAUUAGCAUUUUCCGCCAAUGGUGUGGGCAUGGUUUCUCCAUUGGAGUUAUGGCCGCUCUCCUUCUCAGCAUUCCAAAGUCAAGUUAAAGUUUUAUUAGCAUAUUCUGUGAUAAUAUUGCCGGUGGGUAUACGUACAAGAUGGCGUUGAAUGCCAAUAUAAAUAGAGUAAAUAUAAAUACAAUAGAAAGGUAUGAUAUAUCAGGCAAGUUUUAUAACACGUCAGAUCAAACCAUUCUGUUAAAUGAUAUAGCCUUUGAUUUUGAUUUUAAAUUUAAAUCUGUUUGCAAUAAUAUUAUGUUAUCAGUAUUGCCGCGGACAUAUGAUGUUCUGCACCACGAUUCUGUUAUCCAGUGAAAUUCUGGGUGUGUUCUCUUAUCUUUAACAGUCUACAGUGCCGACAUACUAAACGUAGACAUGUUCAAGUAGGUAGGAAGUGUAUUUUAUCGUCUGUCAUAACAUUAUAGAUUCUAGUGUCUUUGGUUGAAGAUAUUAAAUCAUAUUGUUUUGUCAUAAAUGUAAGAGAAUUAGAUUGAUUUUCUGUUUAGUUAUUUAGUAAAAUAGCAUUGUGUAACCUUGGGGCCGUUUCAUAGAAAAGGAUAAAGAUUGUAUGAAAAUUUAAAAUAUUUAAUAUGUAAAAAUAAACGACCAAAAGUGGAUUGUUUGUUUAUAAUGUGUAUCAUAGAGUACUAAAACACAUUUUUUUAUGAUUCUCAGUCCAAGAGAUCACCCAUGGGACCAAAUCGCUCGAAUCAGGUAGCUCGACUGGCCAAAAAUGCUGUCCAAAUACCAAGUAACUGCGAGCAAUUUAGCUCCAUUUUAAUGAAAUGGCUCCUAGGAUCGUAGGAUCUGCCUGUGCAUGCUCCAGGAGAUAUGGGUGUAAACGUUCGGUUUUACUGUAGUCAUUGUCAAUAUUUAGUGUUUCUCUGUUCAUUCACUUGCAUUGAUGUGUUUCCUUCCAUUAUUAAAAUUCAUCAGUGACA